AUGAUUACAGGGGAGGAUAAUGAUAGUUUCAACAAGGAUCCUACUAUGGAAGAACUUAAGAACAUUGUUUUCUCCAUGAAUCCUGUUAGUGCAGCUGCACCUGAUGGUCUUAAUGGAAAAUUUUUCCAACACUGCUGGGAGAUAAUCAAAAAUGAUCUAUUCAAUGUGGUCAAUGCAUUUUUCUGUGGCCACCCCAUGCCUAAAUUCAUGACUCAAGCCUGUUUGGUCUUACUUCCCAAAGUUGAAUUUCCAAACAACCUAUCAGAAUUCAGACCCAUAAGCCUGAGCAACUUCCUUAACAAAAUUAUCUCCAAAAUCCUCUGUUCCAGAAUAGCUCCAAUUCUCCCCAGAAUCAUUACCCCCAACCAAACUGGCUUUGUCAAAGGUAGAAGUAUUUCGGAAAACAUCAUGUUGGCACAGGAGAUUGUCCAGGGGAUUAAAAAGCCUAAUGUAGGGGCCAAUGUGGUGAUCAAAUUGGAUAUGGAAAAGGCUUAUGAUAGAGUAUCAUGGUCUUUCAACUGUAUCAGGAUGAGGAGAAUGGGUUUCAGUGAGAAGAUCAUUGAUAUGUUCUUCAAUGGAUUCAAUAUGGAAAAGAGAGGUCCUCAAGUAACACAUCUAUGCUUUGCAGAUGAUGUGAUCAUCUUUACCUUAGGAUGCAGAACUUCUUUGAUGAAAAUUAUGGCUAUUCUUCAAGAUUAUGAGCAGGCAUAUGGCCAACAGAUCAACAAAAACAAGAGCCACUUCAUGAUUGCUUCCUCUAUUUUCAACUACACCAAUAGAAGAAUUCAGCAACUCAAAGGUUUCUCUAGAAAGGGCUCUCCUAUCACCUAUUUGGGUUGUCCUCUCUACACUGGUAGGAAAAGAAUUGUCCACUUUAAUUCACUGAUUUCCAAGGUGGUCAGUAGGAUUAGAGGCUGGCAUGGUAGACUCUUAUCAUAUGGAGGCAGGGUGACUCUGAUUAAACAUGUCCUGCAGUCUCUUCCAAUUCACCUGCUGUCUGCAGUUUCCCCUCCUAAAACUGUCCUCAGAAAAAUUGAAAAACUUGCUGCUAACUUUUUUUGGGGAAUGGAAAAGGACAAAAAUAAAUAUCACUGGGCUUCAUGGCAAAAACUAUGCCACACAAAGGAGGAAGGGGGCAUAGGUUUGAGAUCUAUUGAGGAUGUUUGCAGGGCAAUGGAGUACAAACAAUGGUGGUUGUUUAGAACCAAGGAAACCUUAUGGGGGGAUUUCCUCAUGGCCAAAUAUUGCAAAAGAUCCCACCCCAUAUCCAAAAAGUGGGAUUCUGGGCAAUCACAAACAUGGAAGAGAAUGAUGAUCAAUAAGAAGGAAGCUGAAAACCACAUUCAAUGGAGACUUCAUUCUGGCAAUUCAAGAUUCUGGUGGGAUAACUGGUUAGAAGAAGCCAAUUUUCCUAUCAACAAAAUGACCUGGCACAGACAUAUCCCCUUCAAGUGGUCCAUCUGCUUAUGGAGGGCUCUAAGGAAUAAAUUUCCUACUGAUGACAGAACAGACAGAUUUGGUCCUCUAAGUGUUAACAGGUGUGUUUGUUGUAUUAAACCUGGUGCUGAAUCCAUUGAUCACAUUUUUAGCACUGGUUAUUUUGCAAGAGUCAUAUGGAAAGAUUUUAAUGGCCCAGUUGGUAUCCACAGUUCCAGCCAGCCUUUAAGAAUCACCUUCAUGAAUUGGUGGUUACUGAAAAGGAACAAUGCAGUGCAGAAACUGCUUCUUGACACCUUGCCAAUUAUCAUUUGCUGGAAUUUGUGGAAGAACAGGUGUGCUGCCAAAUAUGGAGGAAAGACAUCAACCAUUACCAAAACCCUCUACUCUAUCACUUCAGAUGUGAUACUUCUGCUCACAUCUACCCAACCGAACACAAAAUGGCCUUCUAAUUGGGAAGAGAUUUACCAUGCUGUUGAGAACUUGAAGCAUCUCACAGAGAUCAACUCAGAUGGGAGUGCCUUGAUAAAUCCUGGGAAAAUUGGAGCAGGAAUCAUCAUAAGGGACCACCAGGGUCAUUUCAUCUAUGCCAUAGCAAGCCCAUUAGGAGAAGGUACUAAUAACAAAGCAGAAACACAGGCUGCCUACCUUGGCAUCAAAUGGUCUAUUGAAAAUGUCUUCUCCAAGAUCCACCUGGAAGCUGACUCAAAACUCCUCAUUCUCUGGUUGACUACCAACUCUGAUCCUCCAUGGUCCUUGGAUAUGCUUCUCCAGAAAACUAAAUCUCUAAGUCAACAAUGUGAGGACAUCAUCUACUCAUAUGUUUUCAGAGAAGCCAAUUACCCUGCAGAUUCAUUAUCCAAAAUCAGUCAUGACCUCACCUCUAUAACACAUUACAACACCUCCAUGGAGCUACCAUCACACAUCAGAGGGCAGGUUAUUCUUGAUCAACAAGGCACACCUGCAUUCAGACACAAAAAGACCAGCAGGGUCAUCUUUCUACCUCAGCUUCUCACUGAUAACUCUAAUGUCCAUGUUUCAGGGUGUGGUAUUAGCUAUUCUGCUCAUUCUCCUGAAACUACAUCAAAGAUUGGAGUAAGAUAUAGAGAGAAGGAAGGCAACUCCCAUAGUAGUAUGAAGAGCACACAUUCAUGCAAUUUCUGUGUGCUCAAGCUGAGCAGCAUAUGGGAAAAUGACCAGUGGUACUUCUUCAGGUAG